AUGCCUCCGCCUUCGCACUCGUUGUUCAAGCAGCAGCGCAGGCAAAAACUGAGACUUCUCUGUCUUUUAUUCCUGUCGAUACCUUUAAUCGUGGAGAUUAAAUCGCAUUACUAUUCCGCAGAUGAUGAUACGAGUCGACAGAGAGUGCAAAUUCAUCAUCAUUCCAGCAACGACAUGGAACAGCACUUGCAACAACUCUCAGGCCAAGACGACGAGGCGAGAGAUGGAAACAACAAGAAAGUAUUACCAAAGUUCUUAGCCGGCGAAGAAGACGCGAUGAAGUACAUCGACGGGCACGGGAAAAAAGGUGGAGGAGGACGAACGCAAAGCGCGCACCGGAGAGGGUGGGUUGCGUCGAGUAGUAGUAGUAGUAGCAAUAGCAAUAAUAAUAAUAAACCGGAUAAGAAGUUUUACGACGUGUACUUGAAAAACGCGAUCGAGAAUAAACCAGCCUAUCCUCUCUUGAAAGGCUUUCUGAGAACGGUUUUGGAGGCGUAUCCAGAGUCGCGAACGUGGUUCGACGGCGGCGCGGGGACGUGCGGGACGAUGAGAGCGUUGAGAAGCGCGGGGAAAAUAGUCAGAGGGAUUGAAAUAUCCGACGUAACGAAGACGUCGUGCAAGGAAUUAGCGAAAGAAGGAGUGGUAGAAACGGGUGUUUUAAAUGAUUUGAGUCGCUUCGAGGACAAGCGGUUCGACGUCGUCUUCUCGAGCGAAGUCUUAGAACACGUGCCGACGCAUUUAGCCGAACAAAGCGUCAAAGAGUUGGUACGAAUCGCGAAAAAAGACGUGUUUGUCACCAUCAGUUUACGAAGGAGUGGUCUAGACCCUAAAGAUCCGAAGAAACCGGCGAUUGUGCACCUCACCGUCUGGCCUCGCGAAAAGUGGGAGAAGGCGUUCGUCAAAGCCGGGUGCGAAAUCAAUCGAGCGGCGUUGAAGAAAUUCGAGAAAUACGACGAGACGAAAUACGGAGCCAGACCAAACUUUUUCGCGUUCACCUGUCAUCACCACCAAAAAGGCACCACCGAAGAAGAGAACGAAGACGAAGAAGAGCAGGAGAAUCAAUCGUAA